AUGUCAAGAGAUUCUGUGAGAUACGGUCGAGUGCCAAAAAGAUCAAGAGAAAGAAGUACGGAAGAACAAUCGAGAGUUUCAACGUCGGAUGCAGAACAAUCAGAUUCGGAUACAAAACAGCUGGCAGUGUAUGACGUCAUAUUGACGGUUUCUCAAGCUCAUCAUGCCAAUUGUGGAUAUACUGAAGAACACACGAGAAAUUUGGUUCGAAAACCGAUAACGAUACCCCCUUUGAAUGGUUCCUCAUCAACGGAUGGUCCAGAAGUUGCAUCAUCGACAGCUGAAAGUUUAGAACAAGAAAGAAUUUGGCUGUGGCAACAAUUUGCAUCACACGUUACUCCUAGCGUUCAAAGGGUAGUAGAAUUUGCAAAAAGGGUACCUGGUUUUUGCGAUUUAAGCCAGGACGAUCAAUUAAUAUUAAUAAAAGUAGGAUUUUUUGAAAUUUGGUUGGGACAUGUAUCGCGACAAACAUGCGAUUCAUCAAUGACUUUUACCGAUGGCACAUAUAUAACGAAGCAGCAAAUGGAUCUUAUUUACGAUCCCGAGUUUGUCUCUUCAUUGUUUCAUUUUGCGGCUUCCUUUAACGCUUUAGCACUUAACGAUACAGAACUAGGCCUAUUUUCAGCUGUUGUUCUCCUUUCGGCGGAUAGACCGGGAGUAGCAGAUAUAAAAGUCAUCGAACAACAUCAAGAUAGAUUAAUAGAAGCACUUAAAGUACAGGUGGGUCGUAAUCAUGCAAGCGAUCCUCAACUUUUUUCAAGUCUUCUUAUGAAAUUACCCGAAUUGAGAAAUCUCGGAGCUAAACAUUCUGCUCAUUUAGAUUGGUUUCGAAUUAAUUGGCAACUUUUAAGGCUACCCCCUUUAUUCGCUGAAAUAUUUGACAUUCCAAAAUGCGAAGAAGAUCUUCAAUGA